AUGACUGUAAUAAAAGAAAACAUAACAAUGACAUCUGCUUUAUUAGGCCUGGCCUACAUUGUUGUGUUACCCCCAUACCCUAGUGUUGUGCUACCCCCAUACCCUAGUGUUGUGCUACCCCCAUACCCUAGUGUUGAGCUACCCCCAUACCCUAGUGUUGAGCUACCCCCAUACCCUAGUGUUGUGCUACCCCCAUACCCUAGUGUUGUGCUACCCCCAUACCCUAGUGUUGUGCUACCCCCAUACCCUAGUGUUGUGCUACCCCCAUACCCUAGUGUUGUGCUACCCCCAUACCAUAGUGUUGUGCUACCCCCAUACCCUAGUGUUGUGCUACCCCCAUACCCUAGUGUUGUGCUACCCCCAUACCAUAGUGUUGUGCUACCCCCAUACCCUAGGUUGUGCUACCCUCAUACCCUAGUGUUGUGUUACCCCCAUACCCUAGUGUUGCGUUACCCCCAUAAUGUUGUGCUACCCCCAUACCCAGUAGCGUAG